AUGGUUGCUCGUGUUAAUAACGUAACAACAACUACAAUAUUGAUGAUCCUGAACUUUAUAACAUUAGUUCAUGCUGCAUCAAAAGUGCCUUGCUAUUUCAUUUUUGGGGAUUCAUUACUUGAUAAUGGCAAUAAUAACAACCUAAAUACAGAAGCAAAGGCUAAUUAUCCACCUUAUGGCAUCGAUUUCCCGAAUGGACCUACUGGACGAUUCACAAAUGGCCGCAAUAUGGCUGAUAUCCUUGGGAAACUGCUAGGGUUUGAUGACUACAUUCCACCUUUUGCAAGCGCAACUGGUAGGAAAAUCUUGCAAGGUGUAAAUUAUGCCUCUGGUUCGGCGGGAAUUCGUAACGAGACCGGAAAUCAUCUCGGCAAUCGAAUUUUUUUGGAUUUGCAACUUCAAAACCAUCAAAACACAAUUUCACGCAUGGUUGAUUUAGUGGGAAAUAGAGUUGCAACCAACUCACACUUGAACAAAUGUUUGUACAUUGUUGGAAUAGGCAGCAAUGACUACAUCAACAACUACCUUGUGCCCAAACAUUACCCAACUAAUAGUUUGUACACACCAAGUCAAUAUGCAACACUAUUGGUACAACAAUAUGCUCAACAACUUAAGACUUUAUAUGGAGAUGGAGCAAGGAAAAUAGCCCUGUUUGGAUUACCCCAAAUAGGUUGCAUUCCACAAGAGUUACAAAAACACAAUACAAGAAAGUGUGUGGAUUCAACAAAUGAGGCAAUUCAACUAUUCAAUGAGAAGCUCAAGUCUCUUGUAACUGAUCUAAAUACCAACUUCCCACAAGCAAAAUUCACGUAUAUAAACAUGUACAGCAUUUCAUCAAUCAUGGGUACUCUUAGUUUCUUGAAUUAUCCAUGCUGCAAUGUUUCGAAAACAAUUGCUGAAGGGCAAUGUGUUUCUGGACAAGCUCCAUGCCACCUCAGGGCAGCACAUAUGUUCUGGGAUAAUUUUCAUCCUACAGAGAAUGGAAAUUUAAUUGCUAUUAUGAGAGCAUACAAUGCUUUUCUACCUUCAGAUACUUAUCCUGUGGAUAUUAGUCAUUUGAUUCAAAGUGGAGAAGAGCUGAUCUGAACUUUAUUUUUAGGAAAAAUAGUUUUAUAGUUUAGUCCUUAGUAGUCUAUCGGAAAUAGCUAGCCUCUCUAGUUUCUACAUUCACAAGAUAGGAGUAAGGUUGCGUGUACAUCACCCUCUCGUGGAAUUGCACUGGGUGUGUUGCUGUUUUGUUUUUUCGAUUCUGUUGAAGGUUGUACUGAUCUGUAUGUAAAAAAGAGUUGUUCUCCCAUUUUAGGAUAUGACUAAUGGAAAGUCCAAAAUGGUGUGUAAUUUCAAUUAUCUGGGGAAUUUUAGUAGCUAAGUUAGUUGACCACCUGAACUUUCACCUUAUUGGUGAAGGUUAUAUUCCCCACCUUGUAAUCUUCUCCCCCAUUUUCCCAUCACUCUGAGAUUAUUGCAGACAUACUUGCAGAAGAAAUAAGUUCCUCCGGUCAUUCAUGGCUUUCGUUGUGUAAGAGGAAAGCCCGGAAGAGAAAAUACCCUGAUUUCAAUCAUUUGCACCAGAAAAGAGCUCAGGCCCGGAAGUCACGGAGCUCUCUUCUCUUUCAACGGCAUCAGCCACCAAUCAGGCCCGUACUGUCUUUAUAAUUCGGGAGAGCAGAGAUAAGAUAACGUGGUGAAUGACGCAAAGGGAAGGAACCAUCACGUCCUAUUGAGCGAUGCAAGUUGUUGACUAGGAGGAUUGGAAAAAAAUUGAAACUUCCAUGGCCAUGGUUAACAAACCAUUUGAGGAAGAAUGAUCUUUCCAAACAAUAUCAGUCCUCCCUAGUUAAAUAAGACCGAGAAUUACGGAAAGGUUACCAGCCCUGUAG